AUGGAAACAAUUGAAUUGGAACUUGGUCAAUUCCAUCAAUCUUUACCCUUACCUUCUGCUUCACCAUUACCACCACCAUCACCACUUCGUCUUAAAUCUGGUUUUAGUUUAGACUUAAAUAUUCAGAAAAGUGAUGAUAUAUCUCAGGAUGAAUUAGAACUCGCCAGAGUUAGACAUCUUACUUAUAAUGAUAUCGAUAGUGAGAUUGAUGAUAUUGACAAUAGUUUGGAUUUGUUUGAACAAGAUCUUUCGAUAAUUUCUACUCCCAUGUCUUGUUCAACUAGUAAUUCUUCAAUCUCAUCUCUAAACAAUUCCAAUAACUCUAAAUAUAUUCCUUUAAAUGCUAUUGAUUUUAUAUUCGAUAGCUUUUUCAUUCAUGAACAUAAGAUUCAAGCUUUAAAUCCUGCCAUGGUUAAUGAUUCUCCACUACAUCCAACUUUUAUAACAAGAAGUAAUUCUGAAUGUACCACCACUUCUCAUUCUACCAUCUCUUCCAGAAAAGGAUCAACCAGUUCUUCAAUCUUCUCUAACAGGAUUGAUGACGAUUACGUUCACGAUGAUGACGACGAUGACGAUGAAAGCCCCUUCAAUAAGUAUGUUGAUCUUGAUCAUAGAUGUUUAUCUCCACUCCCUGUUCCACCAUCCUCAUCAGAUUCUGUCUUUACGGAUGAUUCAAAUGAUACACGAUCUGAAACCUCUUCCAACCCUAUUAAUUCUCGUCUUCAAGAAUUGAAACAAAAUUUAGAUAUAUUAAGAGAAGUAGACACUCCUACUAAACCAGAAAAACCAACUGAAUCAAAAGUUGAUUUUUCCACUCCUAGGAAAACUAGACUGGGAAGACAACUCUCAUUUACAUUAGCUGAUACAGAUGAUAUUUUAAUUGAAACUCCAACCACUGGUGCUAGUAAAUAUGCUACAAUUGCUAACCUGAAUAUUAGAUCUACCAUUGAAACACCCCCUGUAACACCCACAAACACUAAUAAAUCUGGAAAUAAGCCAACUAUAAAUACACCUAAGAGAACCACUAAACCAAUUAAAUCCGAAUAUGGUGCUACAAUCAAUUCUCCAGUUACAAGAAGCAGAACAGCUGCAUUUGAAAGAGUCAUUGCUGAAUCGAUUAAAGAUAGCUUGAGGGUAUCACCAAGACCUGCAUCCCCUCCCACACAUGUCAUUGUCUCUCCUGUUGCCUCAGUGUCUGCAGCUGCCCCUGUUUCGCCUCCUGUUAUUGUUAAGAAAACCAAAUCAUUUUCAUUUGUUCAUAAAGUAAGACAAGCAGAAAAAGUCAUUCCUAAACUUAAGCCCAAUAAUAGAGUUAGAUUAUUACUUCCUGUUGAAGCAAUUAAUGAGUGUGAAGUAUUUUCAAUACCCCAAACUUCAUUUGUUGAUGCUUUACUAUCUAACCCAAUGAAACGGAAACGUGUAUCUAUCCCAUCACUUUCAGAUCAUCCAUUCAUUUCUAAUCUUAGUUUAGUUCCCAAACCGUGGAUUGAUCUAAAUUCUGAUAGGCUGGAAUCAAAACCUCCACGUUCUAAUGUUAAGAAAUAUGCUGAUGUUACUGUUAAGAAGAAGCGUGGGAUUGAAGUUGAUAAAAGUGACGAUGAAUUAUUGGUCUCAUUUAAAUUCAAGAGAAAGAAGGAAAAAGAAAUAUAUAGAAGGUAUGUUAAUAAUAAGAUUAAAAAGAAUAAAUUGAAGAAAGAGAUUCCACUGGAUAAGGUUUUUGAACAGGAAGAUGAGAUUGAAAUGAAUUUAAAAGAAAUACUUAGAAGCUCCGAUCCUAUCAAUAAAACUUCUAAACCAUUUAAAUUGCCUGAUCCUUUCACUAAGGCAUUUUAUGAUUUAACAAAAACUAGAAUAAUUCCUUUAGCAGUCAGGAAGAAAGAUCAAAGGUAUCUUUUGAAAAGAGGUCGAACAAAUUUUUAUGAACAUCGUAAGCCAAAGAAUAUCACCAAACCAGAUCGUGUUCCUUUACCCAAGAUUUUUCCUGGAUCUUCAGAAUUAGAUAACAUCACCACCACCUCCAGAAAGAAGAAUAACUCUGUACCUGAGGAAAUUCCCAAACUUGAAUCUGAUUACGAUGAUGAUGAUGAGGAGGAUGAAGGUAAUUUCGACGAUGAUGAUAUUCGAAGUUUAACUAAAUUCCAAAGUGAUCGUUAUUAUUCCCGACUUAAUAUAUUUGAACUUUCCAGAAUCAUAGGGUUACAUAAAUAUGACAUAGCUCUCACCAAAGAAGUUGAGAUCAAUGUUCUUGAAUUAUUUAAAAAUUACUGUAAUUUCAAAUUAGGCUAUCAAACGUGGAUAAGAGGUACCACCAAAGAGUAUCGGAGUAAAUUGAUUGAAAGAUUAUUUGAUUUAAGCCAGCCUUUUUAUCCUGAGUUAACAAGGUUUGAAUUAGAAGUGAUUGUAAGGAGGGGUGCUUACAGUUUGAUGCAGACCAGAUUAAGAAAGGAAAGAAGAUUGCAUGGAUGA